AUGAAAAUCAUCCAUCAAAAUGGUUAUACAGUGGAGGAACUGGCUUUAUAUCGCUUAACGGUAUACAAGAACCUGAUGGAUUGCGUCAAAUCGCUCAUCGGAGCCUACCACCAAUUCAAUCUCGAACCGACAAGCCAGAAGGUCCGAGAUUAUAUCGAGUAUCUUUCUGAUUACAACAUCGACCCAGAUCCGAACACGGCGUUAGACCCUAAGGUCGGAGAUGCGAUAACGUAUAUAUGGAGCGAUCCAUGUACCUCGAUAGCACUGGAACAUCAGAACGAGUUCUAUUUAAUGGACUCCGCGCCAUACUUUUUCGAAGAGGCAAAACGGAUCGCAUCCGCGGAUUACAUUCCCAAUGUGAACGAUGUGCUUCGUGCAAGAACGAAGACCACGGGUAUAUACGAAACCAGGUUCUCCAUGGGUCAACUUAGUAUACACAUGUUCGACGUGGGCGGUCAACGCAGCGAGCGAAAGAAGUGGAUUCACUGUUUUGAAAAUGUUACAUCGAUCAUUUUCUGCGUGGCAUUGAGUGAAUAUGACCAAGUGUUGCUGGAAGAAAGCAACCAGAAUCGGAUGAUGGAGAGCCUGGUACUUUUUGAUUCUGUCGUUAAUUCUCGGUGGUUUAUGCGAACGAGUAUUAUUCUCUUCCUAAACAAGGUCGAUCUUUUCCGACAAAAGCUUCCCCGUUCACCUCUGAGCACCUACUUUCCGGAUUACUCCGGUGGCAACGACGUCAAUCGCGCUGCCAAGUACCUUCUGUGGAGGUUCAAUCAGGUAAAUCGGGCACACCUGAAUCUCUACCCUCAUCUGACGCAGGCAACCGACACCACGAAUAUUCGUCUCGUUUUUGCGGCUGUUAAAGAAACGAUCCUACAGAAUGCCCUGAAAGACUCGGGCAUCUUAUAG